AUGUACCAUGGUGAUGUUGUGCCCAAGGAUGUGAAUGUUGUUGUGGCAACCAUCAAGACCAAGCGCACAAUCCAGUUCGUCGAUUGGUGCCCAAUUGGCUUCAAGUGUGGCAUCAACUAUCAGCCACCCACUGUUGUCCCUGGCGGUGACCUGGCCAAGGUGCAGAGGGCUGUGUGCAUGAUCUCCAACUCUACCAGUGUUGCUAAAGUGUUCUCCCGCAUCGACCAUAAGUUUGAUCUCAUGUAUGCCAAGCGUGCCUUUGUGCACUGGUAUGUUGGUGAGGGGAUGGAAGAGGGGGAGUUCUCAGAGGCCCGUGAGGAUCUUGCUGCGCUUGAGAAGGGUUACAAGGAGGUUGGUGCUGAGUCUGCAGAAGGUGAGGAUGGUGAUGAGGGAGAAGAGUAUUGAGAGAGGAGAGAGCUCCUUUGCAUACGUGUUGUGCUGCCUCUAUUAUUUGCCUGUGUUGGUGUUUGGUUUGUGUCUGCCAUCCGUGGUGUGUCCUAGGUUUUCUUUAAGCACUGUUAUUGUGUUUGAGAGUUUGUUUUACUGUUUGGGAUGUGGAGACCCUUUGUUGCUGAUGGUACUGCCUCCAAUAUGGUAAUAUGAAUUUGUUGGUGUUA